AUGGGCAUUAUGCUGUGUGCUCUGAUUCUCUGGUCUGGUCUCCUGGGGGCCACCAAGGCCAGCCCCAUCUCAGCCCCCCAAGAGUGUGCCAAGGGUUCGGAGGUAUGGUGUCAGGACCUGGAGGCAGCUGCAAGGUGUGGGGCUGUGAGGCACUGCCAGGACACUGUCUGGAACAAGCCCAUAGUCAAGUCCCUGCCCUGCAGUGUGUGUCAGGAUGUGGCCGCUGCUGCCGUUAAUGGGGUGAACCAGGAUGCUACGGAGUUGGACAUUUUGGCAUCUGUAACGAAGACCUGUGAGUGGCUCCCAAGCCAGGAGUCUUCAGCUAAGUGCAAAUGGAUGGUGGGCAACUACAGUGCGGCUGUCCUGGGCAUGCUCAGUGGAGCUCCGGGCACUGCCCAGGCCUCGAUAUGCACUGCGCUCACCCUCUGUGAACCACUACAGAGGCACCUAGCUGUGACCACCUUGGAGAGACCGCUGACCCAGGAGGAUGCAAACCAGAUGAUGGCUCCAUUCUUAUCCAACGGGGCCCUGAGCUUCCACCCAUCCCCGAUGCCUGGGGAUGCCGUGUGUCAUGAUUGUGUCCAGCUGAUCUCCCGGCUCCAGGGCGUUCUCGAGUCUAACUUGACCCUGGCAGAGGUAACUGUCCAGAAUCAGUGUCAGUCCAUGGGGCCUGGCCUGGUUGCCCUCUGCGAGAACUAUAUCCACUGGCAAUUUGUCCCUGCUAAGAAAACACUGCAGAUUCUCACUCCACGGGAGGUCUGCAGGAAGGGGGGCUUCUGUGAGGAGCAGAGAGAGUCUGCCCACUGGCUGGCUCAAGUGGCCGCUGUGGAUGGAGUCCCCUCUCUGGAGAUGGAGAUGCCGAGGAAGAAUGAGUUGCAGAUGCAGUUGGGCCUGACAUGUGAUGUGUGCUUGAACGUGGUCCGGGAACUAGACAAGUGGCUUGCGACCAACAGCACAGAAGCCCUCAUCAGCCACACCCUGGAGCGGGUGUGCUCCAUAAUGCCCGAGUCUCUAGUCCAACAGUGCAUCACCCUGGUGGACACCUACAGUCCCAAUUUGGUGGAACUCGUGUCUAGAGUCACCCCAGAGAAAGUGUGUGAGACCAUCAGGCUGUGUGGCAGCAAAAGGCAGGCCAGGUCCAUCUCCAGGGUUGUGGCAACCACACCAUCCCUGCCAGUGGAUGAGGAAAACCAGGGUAGCUUCUGCCAAGGAUGCAAAAGGCUGCUGGGCGUGUCCUCCCAGAAUCUGGACCGCAAGAGCACCAAGAGGGACAUUCUGAAUGCCUUCAAAGGUGGCUGCCGGAUUCUGCCGUUGCCUUACGUGAUGCAGUGCAACCGUUUUGUGGCCGAGUAUGAACCCGUGCUCAUAGAGAGCCUGAGAUUCAUGAUGAACCCCACGGAUCUAUGCAAGAAGAUGGGGGCGUGCCACGGCUCCAAGGUUCCACUUCUAGGCACAGAUCAGUGCGUCGAGGGCCCCAGCUUCUGGUGCAAGAGCGCAGAGGCCGCCGAGAUGUGUGACGCCCUAGAGCACUGCCAGCGCGUCGUGUGGAAAAAGCCCAUCUCCAAAACCAAGGAGCAGCCUUGA